UCGGGUAUAUUUCUCAGCUGAAAGGAGCAUUGCUGCUCGAAUGGCGAUGCCAUUGGACCAAUGUGAGGCAUCUCGGAGUGCGCUGGAUCGUACCACAUCAGAUCGGCAGUGGUACAUCCACAAGACCUUUGUGCAGGUCGAUGAGGUCCUAGAGGAGCCACCAGCAAAGCGUCGGGCGUGCUCGGAGCCACCUGAGCCUCCCUGUCGCUCUGAUCCAUUUGUAUAUCAGGCCUCUGAAGCCGCUGAAGCAAAGCGGCAGGACAUGGAGCAACCCUUGGUGGCCGAGGCCACUCCGGAGGGUGCAUUUGUGGAAGAUGUGGACGACCUGAUAGAUUUCACGGAGCAACAUGGAGCCGCCUGCUCCUACUCUGAUGCAGCGCAGGGAUGGAACCCUGCGCAGAUGGUCGCAGCCAGCUUGCAGGCGGAUCUUCGACAGGAGGGUGAGAAGGCUGCGGCUUUGGAGAACCAGCAGCUGGAAGAGCAGUGUGAUGAACUGAAGCUGGAGGUUGAAUCCGUGAAGGUUGCCAAAGAAAAGAUCAAAAUGAAGAGGGUUGCGACCCCCAUGAAAGCUAGGCCCAUGGCCGAAAAAUCUCCGAGUGCGCCGCUGCCAAUGGCAGCCAGCGACAAGCACCAGGCCAAAGUAGAGCAAACUGGGAGUGCUUUGGAGGAAGACAAGGAUGUGCAGGACACGACUUGGUCCCAGGAGCCAGAGGAAUUGGAUGAAGGAUUGAACAAGGCUCGAAGAAGGCAGGAGAAGAAGAAAGAGAAGCGCCGGAAACACCGGGCAGACGAUGAAAAAAGCCGCGACCAGCACAAGGCGAGUGAUGCAGAGUCCAAAGGUCAGAAGGAUACGCAUUCAGCAGCAGGUCAGGAAGCAGAUUUGGUUCGGAUUUUGCGUGCUGUGUUGAAGCGUUUCCACAUCUAUUUGGCGUGUUUCGCUCUGCUCAUCUCAUUGUUGUGUGCAAGUCGCUCUCCCCCUGUGCGCGCAUCAAAGCCUGCACUGCUGGGGAUAAAUGCGGAUUAGAUUGUCGCAAACUGAUCAUUUUUGAUCCUUCCUCGAGAGCCCUGCAUCUUGGACACUGCGCAGAGGCUGAU